GUUUUUGACACCCUCAUACUCUCCAUCAUCUUAGCUAACUACUCUUAACUUAUCUCUCUCUCUCUCUCUUCCCCCCUUAAACCAUUUCACAUUAAUUCUCUCCUUCUAUAUAUCCCUUUCAUAUUCCUCACUUUCUCUCCUUCCCCCUUCUUUUUAUAUAUCAACUUCUUUUCUUUCUUUCUUUCUUUCUUUUUUUUUUUAUCAUGCAUUCUUUUAAGUAGACAAUUUCAAGCUUAGGAACACUUGUGUGCUACAUCAUCAAAUCAACCAUAUAUUAAUUUAUUUGUAUAUAUAUUCAUUAUCUUCAUUUUAUAUACAAGAGGAUUUAUCACCAUGUUGCAAGAUGUUAUCCACCCUCCAUCACAUGAUCAUGACCAACUAUCCAUUGAUGAAAUUUCAAGUCCAAUUAGUGCACAAAUAUUUGAACUUUGUGACCCUGAAUUUUUUCAAGAGUCUCUACAAAAUUCUGAUGUUACUUCUACCUCAAAUUGUUGUCAUGAUCAAGAUAACAACAACAAUAACAAUUCUUCAUCAUAUGCUAUAAACAUAUCUCAAGCUUUAGAUUUAGAAGACCAUAACAUCAAUAACAAUAGCAAUAGCAACAAUAGUAACAAUAGUAACAAUAACACAAAUAGUAGCAAUAACAAUAACCUUUCAAUUAUCUUUGAUUCUCAACAAGAAAUUGACAAUGACAUAUCAGCCUCAAUAGAUUUCUCAUCAUCACCAUCUUUUCUUGUUCCACCACUUCUUCAUCAAGAACAACAGCAACAAUUUGAUUUCUCUUCAUCAAAUCCUCAUCAGCUUCAACAACUAACAACGUGUUCAGUUUUGAAUCCUAUAGCUGCAUCGGCGCCUCUUAUCGGUGUUCCGUUCGCUUCGGUUUUUGAAGAUGAUUGCAUAUCUUCAAUCCCUUCUUAUGUUCCUAUUAACCCUUCUUCUGUUUCUUCUUCUUCACCUUCUUCUUGUUCUUAUCUUAGUUCUGGAUUAGGUGUGUACAUGCCUCAUCAUCAUGGUAACCUUAGUUCUGCUUUGUCUGCUGAUAGUUCUAGCUUGUUUGGUGGAACCAUUCUGUUAGGUUCUGAUAUUCAGACUCAAGAGUUGGAUUAUCAAGGUGAAAAUGGUGGAAUGUAUUGUACAGAUUCUGUUCANNAGGUUUUUAAUCCUCAAGACUUUCAGGCACUUGGUAGUGAAAGUCACAAUUUGGUAACUGGAGCUGGGAAUUCUGCCAAUUUGGCACCAGAAAUCUCACACUUGGAGGACUCUACCUUAAAGGUUGGAAAACUCUCUGUUGAGCAAAGGAAAGAGAAGAUUCAUAGAUACAUGAAGAAGCGAAAUGAAAGAAAUUUCAGCAAAAAAAUUAAGUAUGCUUGUCGAAAAACUUUAGCGGAUAGCCGACCGCGAGUUAGAGGAAGAUUUGCAAAGAAUGAUGAUUUUGGUGAGACUCAUAGACCAACUUGUAGCAACCAUGAAGAUGAUGAUGAAAUAGCUGUGAAAGAAGAAGAUGAUAUGGUUGAUUCCUCAGACAUCUUUGCCCAUAUUAGUGGACUUAACUCCUUCAAAUGCAACUAUUCCAUCCAAUCCUUGAUUUGAAGUUAAUUAAUUAACAUAUAGUUUGACUAGUAUAUGUAUAUCUAUAUAAUAAUAUAAUUAUUAUAUUUAGGUUGUGUAGAUUUUUGUAGGACCCUUUACCAUCUUCAGGGCUUGAUGGCUUGAGGAAACUGAAUAAUUGGGGUCCCAAAUAAUAAUAUACCAAUAAGUGAGUUAGGAACACAAAAACUAGAAAAAUGUAUACAAUUUUGCAGAUAUUAAUUAUCAUUUUCUAUGUUAUGACUAUGAACAAGUUGUUGUAUUAAUUAAACGAAAAAAUAAUUCAGGUUGCACCACAAAACUUGUUUUAGCUAA